UGAGGUCUCUCUUAUUUUGAAAGGGCACACCACAGAAGGACGUAACCAUCAAGUCAGAUGCCCCGGACACCCUGUUACUGGAGAAACAUGCUGAUUACAUCGCCUCCUAUGGCUCGAAGAAAGAUGAUUAUGAAUACUGCAUGUCUGAGUAUUUGAGAAUGAGUGGCAUCUACUGGGGCCUGACAGUGAUGGACCUCAUGGGAUAUCUGGAUCGCAUGAACAGGGAAGAAAUCCUGGCUUUUAUCAAAUCGUGUCAACAUGAAUGUGGGGGGAUUAGUGCCAGCAUCGGGCAUGAUCCUCACCUUCUGUACACGCUCAGCGCUGUCCAGAUUCUGACUCUGUAUGAUAGUAUCCAUGUUAUAGACGUGAAUAAAGUUGUGGAGUACGUUCAGAGUUUACAGAAAGAAGAUGGUUCAUUUGCUGGAGACAUUUGGGGAGAAAUUGAUACCAGAUUCUCCUUCUGUGCAGUGGCCACUUUGGCUCUGUUGGGCAGGCUUGAAGCUAUUAAUGUGGAAAAGGCAAUUGAAUUUGUUUUGUCCUGUAUGAACUUUGAUGGCGGAUUUGGGUGCAGACCGGGUUCUGAAUCUCAUGCUGGGCAGAUCUAUUGUUGCACAGGAUUCCUGGCGAUUACUAGUCAGUUGCAUCAGGUGAAUUCUGACUUACUUGGUUGGUGGCUUUGUGAACGACAGCUGCCCUCGGGUGGGCUCAACGGAAGACCAGAGAAGUUACCAGAUGUUUGCUAUUCAUGGUGGGUGUUGGCAUCUCUAAAGAUAAUCGGAAGGCUUCAUUGGAUUGAUAGAGAAAAACUGCGGAGUUUCAUCUUAGCAUGUCAAGACGAAGAGACUGGAGGUUUUGCAGACAGGCCGGGAGAUAUGGUGGAUCCUUUCCACACAUUAUUUGGCAUUGCUGGAUUGUCGCUUUUGGGAGAGGAACAAAUUAAACCUGUCAGCCCUGUCUUUUGUAUGCCUGAGGAGGUGCUUCAGAGAGUGAACGUUCAGCCUGAGCUCGUGAACUAGAGUCAGUGAUGGAAAAGAUGCUUGUAUAGUGUUGUAAUCGGAGCAUUUCUGUAUUUGAAGUGCUUAGCAAACCUGAAGGUGACUUGUUAAUAUUUUGUAUAUCUGUGUUAAAUUAAUUAUAAAUUAUAAUUAUACAUACUGUAAAUACUUAUAUUGUAUUUCUUAGUUUUAUUAGCUCUGCAGUAUUCUGAGUACAGCUUUAUGUCUCUUACCAGUGGACUUAAAAGUUUGCAUCCCCAUGUGCUUCUAUGUACUAGAGCAAUAGUUGAUGGGAAAUGAUUUUUGUUAAUGGAUAGAGUAAAACUUCAUGAGUUAAGUAAACGAUGUACAAAAUUAA